AUUGCCCACUAUAUAUCGUGGGGGUCUAUCAAGGGAUCGAUGCAAGAUUUGCCUCGACCGAUCAGUUCACGGUGACGAUGGCCAACAGUAGUUCACCGGGCUGCGUUCUCCUGGCGGCGACAAUGGCGCUGGGCGUAGUCCUUCUGGCGUCGCCGGCGGAGUCCGCGCGCGCCUUCUUCGUGUUCGGCGACUCCCUGGUGGACAACGGCAACAACAACUACCUGAUGAGCACGGCGCGCGCCGACUCGCCGCCGUACGGGGUCGACUACCCCACGCACCAGCCCACCGGCCGCUUCUCCAACGGCCUCAACAUCCCGGACAUCAUCAGUGAGCAUCUCGGCGCGGAGCCCACGCUGCCGUACUUAUCCCCGGAGCUCCACGGCGAGAAGCUGCUCGUGGGCGCCAACUUCGCGUCGGCGGGCGUCGGCAUCCUCAACGACACGGGCAUUCAAUUUAUGGAGAUGGUGAGGAUGAGCAGGCAGCUGCAGUACUUCCAUGAGUACCAGGGGAAGCUGCGCGCGAUGGUGGGCGCGUCCCAGGCGACCCAGAUCGUGAACAGGGCGCUGGUGCUCAUCACGCUCGGCGGCAACGACUUCGUCAACAACUACUUCUUCAUGCCCUUCUCCCUCCGCUCCCUCCAGUUCUCCCUUCCCAACUAUGUCCGCUACCUCAUCUCUGAGUACAAGAAAAUCCUCGUGAGGUUGUACGACAUGGGAGCGCGGCGUGUGCUGGUGACAGGGACGGGCCCAUUGGGUUGCGCGCCGGCGCAGCUCGCCCGGAGCCGUGGCGGGGAGUGCGACGCCGACCUGAUGCGCGCCGCGGAGCUGUUCAACCCGCAGCUGUCCCGGGCCUUGGAGCAGCUCAACGCGCGCCACGGCGACAAAAUGUUCAUCGCCGCCAACACCCUCCACAUCCACUUCGACUUCAUCAGUGACCCGGCGGCGUACGGGUCGUGCUGCGGGCAGGGUCCGCACGACGGGGUCGGGUUGUGCACCACGCUAUCCAACGUCUGUGCCGAUAGGGACCAGUACGUGUUCUGGGACGCCUACCACCCCACGGAGCGCGCCAACAGGAUCAUCGUCAGCCAGUUCAUGACCGGCUCGCUCGACUACAUCAGCCCGCUCAACCUCGGCACUGCUCUUCACAUAGACGCCGGCCUCACGGACUAAUAUAUAUGCCCUGAGGGUCCAUGACGCUUGGGCCACGAACGCGUGCGGGGCCCUUCGUCUGUCGUCUUUUGCGUUGAUAUGUUGUGUGGCGAUGCGGUUGUUAUCUGUCAUUUAAUUUAAUUUGUGUGUAUACUUUUUUUGGCACUUGUAGUGACUAAUUCAUGAUUUGUUUCCAGUACCGGACUAAAAUAAAGAUAUAUUGCAUGGGGCGGUAGCUAAUUAACCAUGGACAACUAUUAUGAUA